AGUCCUUGGUUUUUGGUUAGCAAACUCUGCAAACCAUAUCGCCUGAUAGAGCAUGGAAUUCUGAGGAAAAUAAGAUAUCUCCUGGCUAUCUAUAAUGUUUUUUCACACAACUGCAGACGAUUUACGAAUGGCUACAAAGGGCGUGAAAAUUACCAAACCAUUCCGAUGAAAAAGCAUUAUAGAUAGCCAGGAGAUAUCUUAUUUUCCUCAGAGUUCCAUGCUCUAUCAGGCGGUAUGGUUUGCAGAGUUUGCUAACCAAAAACCAAGGACUUGAUUUUCCAGCGGUCAAGUUUUUCAGAAACCCUAUUAUCAACUUUUCCCAUGAAACGGCGAUAUGCACCUCAUCUGAUAGAAGAGUCUUCGGACUAUUCAAAACAGUAUUCAGAUUGGUUCCAGCUUUUACUAAAAAGUCAAAAACAAAGGAGUUCUUGUGAUUAUGACAUAUUGUACAGCAUAGAUAGCACCCAAACGCUUCUUUUCCAUAUCUUUAAUGACUGGUCCCACCUGUGUGGAUAUUCUGACCAGCUCACUCUGUAGAGAAUUUCAAGGGCUAUCCAGUGGUAUGUUUUUGAAAAAUACAUAAUUGUUCAUUAUGGCAGAGAAAUGACUAAAGGAGUGUUUAAAGCACUAAGAUAGGUGAAAAUCAUUAUAUUGGCCAAGUAUUUCGACUAUUGACCUAUGUAGGCAUAUCUUAGAAUCUGUGAUCAAAAACGAAUUUUGAAAUUGAGGAGGUGGAAGGUAUCUUUGGUAUAUUCAUGGAUUCUCUCUUAAGACUGCACAUCUGGUUAUUUUUAUCAGUUUUCUUAAUAAGAAAUUUUUUUCUAAUUAAUAUUGGAUCAGAUACAGUAAAAAACGUUUUUCUUUAUUCAACAUGAGAGAAUUUUUUUAGACUAUCGAUGACAGUUUCUCACCAUCUACAAUAUUAACAAUGAAGUAUGUUGAUUUAAAUCAUUCUCUAUCGAAUAGUUUAUUAGGAAAAGAAUAUGAUUCAUAUAUUCGUACAAUAAUCGAACGUUAUGUUAACGUGUGGUAUUAUCCAUUAAUAAGUACACAACAAGAUUUUCCAUACGAUUUACAUCUGCUAAUAUCUACUAUGUCUAAUAGUAUUAUUGAACGUUUGAAACAACUUAAUGCAAUUGAAUUAACAACACAUUUAUUUCGUUUACAACAGCACCAUAUGAACAAUUAUUUAAAAACACUCGAUGCUUAUCGUGUACAAAGAAAAACAAAUCGGCAUCAUCAACAAAUUUUAUCAAUAGAAGAUCAGUUCGAACAUAACAUCGGUUUUCAUUCAGCCAUUAGACGACGUGAUGAUGAGUAUAGAUAUUUAAGAGGAAUUGUUGAAUUAUUAUUUACGCAAUAUCUACCAGACACAUUCUAUGCAUAUUCUAGUUUAGCAUGUAAAGAAUUUAUAAGGCAAAUCUUAGUUAAUUCGAUAUUUUUGCCGGUUAUUGAUACAUUAUCUAAACCACAAAUGUUAUAUCAUUUGAUCAUAAUAUUAUGGGGCACAAACGAAGACAAAUUAGAUGAACAACAAUUAGAAGUAAAAUCUAAAGUGAAACCAAAACACGAAGAAAAUUCGAAUGAUGAAUGUCCAUCGGAGGAUAAUAACGAAUUAUUUCAAAGUAUUGACGAACAGACGACAAAUAGUACAACAAUGGACAUUAAAACACAUGCUCUGGAAAAUCAUCGUCCUUUAUCUUGUGAACAUAUUAUCUAUUCUGCCGAUCUUUGUGAAACCAAAUCUCCUUUUGUUCCCGCUACAACUCAACGUUAUACUGUUCGACGACGAUAUCGAGAAUUUCGUCAUCUUCAUAAUCGUUUACUGAAUAAUCCUAUUACAGUUCGUCAUGCAUCUGCUCUAAAUGGACCAAACGAUGGUUUUGCCUUACCAGUUGGCAACAUGACUCAAGAGAUUAUUUCUCGUAGACGAAUAUUACUUGAAGAAUAUUUACAGAAAAUCAUAUCCGAUUCCAUACUUAAUUGUUCGCAUGAUGUAUUAGAAUUUUUAUCGUACAAUACCGAUCCAAAUCUGACAUAUGGGCCAAUGUUAAGUCCAACAUUGACUGUACCUCGUGUCGAUAAAGUUCUUCUUCGAACACUUUCAGGCAUGUUUGAAAAAAUACCAUCAAAAUUCAAUAAUUUAAUCCCAAAAAAGGAAUUAAUACCUCGGGAGACAUUUCAGUUUCAGUUGUUGUUAGAUUAUUCUUCAGUAGUUAUCGAACAACAAACCAAAGCAUUUAUUCAACAAUAUACAUUCAAAAAUCCCUUUUCAUUAUUUUAUUCUGUGUCGGACACAGUAGAAGAACAAUUUCUUCAAACAUUCAGUGCAAACAUCGAAGGAACAAUAGUAGAAUUGGAAAAACAUGAGCAUGGCAAGUAUAUGCAUGUUAAAAAAGUUAAUCUAGAUGUUUUCUUUUUACGAAUAGAAUCAAAACUAUCAUUAACCGAUGCAUUUUUGGAUUUGAUUUACACCAGUUUACAUUCGCGUGAAGGUGUUAUUGGACUUGAAUCUGUUCAUAAUAUAAUAUAUACGAUUUUUGGUAAAUUUGUUGAGCGAUUUCUCACUGACAUGGUUAAUGAGCUAUCAUCACCAGAAUAUUUAUUAUUAUAUAUGAAAAAUCUACGUACAAAUGUCUUGUGGCCAGAAGACGAGACACCAUCGAUACCAUUAAAAAAUAGUAAACGUAUUGCUUACAAUGUAUGCUUUAAUAAAAUACCUGUAAUAAUUCGACAAUUAUUUGGUUCAGAUCAUAUUCGUCGCAUUAUUAUUAAUUUAUUACAAUGUUUAAGUUAUGAACAAUUAAACAAACAUUUUUUGUACACAUUAUUAGAUGCAUUUAUUGAACAACUUGUUCCGAAUGUUUCAACAAAAGAAUUUCUAACUAAAUAUAGACAAUUACAUAAUAAUUACUAA